AAACCCAAGAUGACUACAAAUGUUGAAGAAGCGAAAAUCCCUAAAGACACUGACGCCAUGUCACGAGGCAGUUGGGACAGUAAAAUUGAAUUCAUCCUCGCCUGUAUUGGCUAUUCCGUUGGAUUAGGCAAUGUGUGGCGUUUCCCGUACUUAGUUUUCAAGAACGGAGGUGGUGCAUUCCUUAUACCAUACUGGAUUAUGCAGCUGGUUGUAGGAAUGCCAUUAUUUUUUCUGGAGCUUUCCUUUGGUCAGUUUGCAAGUCUUGGACCAAUAACCAUUUGGCGAGUGAUCCCUUUGUUAAAAGGUUUGGGUUAUGCAAUGGUCCUCUGCUCAUUCUUUAUAACCAUCUACUAUAAUGUCAUUAUCACCUACUGUUUCACAUAUCUUUUUGCUUCCAUGACCAGCACGCUCCCAUACGCUAGCUGUAACAAAGAAUAUAGUUCACCGGAGUGUUUUGACGGAAUCAGUAAUGAAACGUUACUAAACAGCGGCGAAAAUAUGAAUUCAUCAACAGAAACCGAUAUCAUACUGAACAAAACCAUAACUCCCAGUGAAGACUACUUCGUCCAUAACGUCCUCAAACAGAGCAGCGGUAUUGACGUCCCGGGUAACUUUCAGUGGAAGCUAACAGUAAAUCUAAUUUUAGCCUGGUUCGUUGUGUUUGUCGUUCUCGUCAGAGGCAUCAAGACCUUAGGCAAGGUAUUUCAUUUCUCAUUCAUCUCACAUGUAUAACGUGUGUGUUCAACACAGUGCGCCCAUGAUUGUAUCACCGUUCUACAUUAUGGGACGGGGAAGAGUAAGAUGAAGAGAUUUCGUUGCUAUUUCUAGUAGUACUAAUGGCCAUGUAAA